GAAAAACGCUGGCGAAUAAGACCGAGGCCUGACUGCCUCGUCGCCUGAGUGCCUGACAGUUGGGAAUCUGUUGGGACCGCUGACUCAGCCACGUGACACUUGGACUCGACAGUCAUCUGACCAAUCACUUGACCUGCUCAUCCUCCCGGGACUAUAUCUUCCUCCAUCAGACAGACCAGACGGUCCAGGGUGAUGCUUUCUCAUGAUCAAUUGGUCUUCCUGCAUCUUCCAGACCGCAAUAUGCAGGACUGUUUAUCCCUGCGGUCAAAAUGACCGCUUACAACCAAUCCCUCAUCCAAUGGGCCAAGAUCCUCGCCCAGCACACAACCAUCGAGUUUGUCUGGCUCCAAUUCGUGAACAACAGCGGUAACACGCUCGUUCGUAUCCUUCCCGUAGCCAAAUUCACGAGCAUGCUCCAAACAAACAAGCUGCUUACCCUCGCACAAGCAAUAUGGUACCUCGUGCCAGGCGAUGCCGUCGCCGAAGGCGGCACACCAUCGGGGGCAUUUAGCCUGCUACCAGACUUGGACACAGCAUACAUACAGCCCGGAUCCCAGGGCACGCGAUUACUAGUUCAAUGCGAUUGCGUCCGCAAGAACGAUGCAACCCAGCAGGCGCCAGAGUGCGCGCGCACCCGUCUGCGUCUCUUGGACGACACCCUCCAUCACCAGCUGGGGGCCGCGAUUCGCGUCGGAUUCGAAGUAGAAGUCAUCUUCAUGCGACCCCAGAAACACUCACAAGCCGAUGGAUCCACGAAGACGACCUACGCCCCAACGGGGCUCUUGCACGCCUUCUCCAACGUCACAUCCGAAGACUACGACUACCUCGACCUCGCCGAGGCCCUAUCACGCGCACUCGCCGACGUCGGCGCCCCGCUCGAGCUCUUUCACGCCGAAGCUGCCCCAGGCCAGUGGGAAUUCGUGCUCCCGCCCGAGCGCCCCGUUCAAGCAGUCGACAUGCUUGUCAAAGCGCGCGACGUCAUCCGCACCGUGGCGCGCUCGUUCGGCCUCCACGCCACGCUCCACCCACGACCCUUGCCAGGACAGGCAGGCACAGGCUCCCACGUCCACAUGUCCGUCAACGACCCAGCCACGGGGGCCCCCUCACCAGCAGCACAAGCCGAGCCCUUCUUCGCAGGCAUCUUAGCACACCUGCCAUCGGUCCUGGCAUUCACGUUAUCCCAGGAAGCAAGCUACUCGCGCGUCGCGACGGGCCUCUUCAGCGGCGGCGAAUAUGCGUCCUGGGGGUGGGAGAAUAAGGAGAUAGCGCUGCGGCGGAUCGAGGACCACCGGUUUGAGCUGAAGCUGAUGGACGGGCUGGCGAACCCGUACCUGGCACUGUCGGCACUGCUAUCGGCUGGGAUCGACGGCCUGCGGAAAAAGAUGGACCUCACUGCUGGGCCGAGCGACGUGGCGCCUGCACUUCUUUCGGAGGAUGACAGGGAGAAAUUGGGGAUCACGAUUCAGCUGCCGCAUACGCUUGCGGAGAGUCUGGCGGCGCUGGAGACGGAUCAUGUUAUGUGUGAGUUACUAGGACGUAAGAUGAUAUAUCCGUAUGUGUGCGUGAAGCGAGGGGAAGACAAGGUCCUUGCCAGUAUGGAUGCUGAGGAUAGGCGGGUGUGGCUUAUCUCUAGAUACUAG